AUGAGUUCGAAAGACGCUUCGGCAAAGUAUCGUGAUCAGAACGGUCCUCGCUCAAGAAAGCCAGUCUCUAGACGGACUCCUCCUGCCGAGUCCAAGUCGCUUCCUGCCCACAUCAAGAAAGAGCUGGCACGAGCGAAUAUACCAUCUGCGCAGGCGCAAGAUCCCUCCAAGCAGAAGGCGUCGCAAAUAUACAAGCAAGAUACUCAAGAUUCCAACGGCAGCGACGAGAGUGCUGCGAAAUGGUUCGACAAGGCCAACGAGCGUGGACCACAAGGACAACGCGAAUCCCCUUCCAACAAUGAACCACCCUUUUUUCUUGGCAAUCAGAAGAAUUAUUUCCCUAAUAACUUCGUCUCAUCGGGUAGUGACGAUGAGCUUUUUGGCGUCGAGCAUCUGGACAACAGUGAGAAUGAAGACUUGAGAGGUGUUAUCGAUGACUUGACCGUGGAGAACAAGAGACUGAAGUUGCUUCUCAAGAGUACCCGAUCACGUCCGAGCCCAUCUGCGUCGGAAGCCCCGGCUCAAGACCGACUUUUUGAUGUUCGAGUUCAUGGCCUAAGCACAGAUAAGAAAAGGGAGCUCGAGAACUUGUUGCGAAGCUUUGCAACCGGUGUUCGUACAAGCUCCAAUACCGCUUCAGCCUCGUCGGCCAAUCGUGGCUCAGCACAACCUCAAACGCUCAGCGAGGGCUCAUCAUCCAGUCUGCCGCACAGUUCCAAUGGCAAGGUCCGCCCCUCGGCUCCAGAUUCUGGCUAUGGAACAAAUUCGACAUCUGGUCACACAUCUGCCAAUGCAUCUCAUGGUGCGCUCAGUGUGCCGCAGUCUUCCCGGAACACUAAGGCCAGGAACAUUCACAAUUACCUGCAUGACAUCCCCGAUACCCUACUUCCACGACAUUCGCUUUACAUGAGUAAGCGGGCGAAGAUGGGGCUUGUUGUUCGUCGGCUUGAGAAUUUGUUUACCGGCAGACAAGCGGGCCCAGGAGAUCAUAGCCAACCUCAUCAGCAGCAAGAAGUUUCACAUUCGGCUGCUUUCGCAGAUGAUCCGAUGCACGGAGCGGGUCGCUCCGAAGGUACCCGCGAGGCACACAUGCUUCCUCUAGAUACGAAGGUGAAUCUUGAUGCCGAGGAUCGUCGCAAUGCAUCGCCUCCGUCCAAGAAACCCAAGCUUAACCCCGAGGCCAGCGAGCGCCUCACCGUUGAUGGAUCGGUCGCUCCGAGCACUAGUCAUGCGUCCUCACCAAGAGAGCAACAGCGACCCACACGCCCAUUAGACCUUGAUAUUCAUCGGGCUCAGGUGGCUGCCGAAAACAUACACUACUUGCACCAUCUAGGCAUGGCUUCGCCCCUCGUUCAGGGCACCAUGAAACCAUCCCCAUGGAUUUAUCUGAACCUGCUGAUUAGCAUGGCGCAACUGCACACGGUCAACGUCACUCCAGCUUUCAUUCGGCAGGCUAUUCGCAAAUUUAGUACCAAGCUCGAGAUUUCCGCAGAUGGGCACAAAGUGCGAUGGAAUGGUGGUAGUGAAGGCACCACUUUCAGCAAGGACGAUGAAAGAGCCAUGGAACUUGUCCAUCCUAGUCCUUCUGAGUCUCAAGAAGAAACUGGAGGCAACAGCAGCAAAAGAUCCAAAACCAACAGUUCCUCAAACGCCAUGAUCUCUGAAGAGCCAUCCUCGGAGAACAUAACGAGCGGGCAGCAAACUAGUGCUACAUCGAAACAGAUGGUUUCAACAGCUGCAACCUCUAAUAUGCUUGCCGGAUCAACGGGCAAGACUAAGACCUCUGGCACUCCGUUUGACUAUAAGCCACUGGUAUAUAAAGGCAAAAGAUACUCGCCAGCGGUAUCGUAUUUGGAUUCCUCGGGAUCGCCAUGCAGUCACUCAAACGACUCGAGUGGUCUUGUCUACGCUUUGAGCAAGUCCAACCUCAAUCAACGCCGUAAUUCCGAUGAUGGGAUGAUCACCUUCUACCAAAACCCAUACUUUUGUACCGAUCUCAGUGCUGACAACGCACCUGUCAAUUGGAUUCCACAACGAAAAGCUUUGCCAUGGGAUACACUUGGGCUACAACGUGACUACAUUGGGGAGUCGCCGUUACGGCAUCAUGAUUCGUGCUACUAUGCACCUCAAUUCGCGCCUGAGCCAUAUCCUGAUGAGGCGAGCGAACCACUUAUGUCCUUGGACCUGCAGAAGCUGCAAACAUCUGGCGAGGAUGAAACCGUGCCGAGAGAAUUACCCGUCUGUGGCAUUGGAGGCGUCAUACCAGACGACAAUUUUGCACUGGAUGUGAAGGUGAUACGCCACCGUGCUAAACAGACACAAGCCAAACGUCUCAGUCCCAUACCACUCACCCGCACGCGCAAGCGCAAGCAUUUCGAGUAUGAGGUUGAAGAGUGUGAUCAUUUGGAGUUGCAGCCAUCGCGGCUACCGCCCCCCAGCUAUGUAUUCUUCCCAUCGAGCAGUUCUUCGGCAGACCGGGAGGAUGGAGAUGGCUACGAUUCGGAUGAGUCGAGCUCCGAAGUCAUGGAGCUAAAUCCACCACCGCCUGCAUUCCUCCAUCAGUGGUCAACUGAGUCGGACGACGAGUUUGACGACGACGGCUCAUCCGUGGAUAUGCUGGAAAUGGCACGAGCUGCUGAUCCAGACAGACUUGCUGCACAGGAACGCGAAUACCUGAUCAACCAGAAUAUCGGGCGGCGGCUUGAAGGCAGUCUGGCCGCCACCGUCGGCGCCAGUCGUACGGGAUCAUCGCAGCCACAUAGCAGCGAGCUCUCCGAGGCAGUUGACCAAGCCAGCGUCGACAGUAUGGAUGUGGAUAGAGACAGUGAUGAUGAUGAUAAUAACGAUGAGUGA